AUGGCAUCAAACCCACCCGCUCAAUGUUGUACCCUUGGUGUUAAGCACGAAGGUCAACCAACUGGAUCUUCUAUCAAGAUUGCUGAUACCAUUGAUGCAUAUGUUGCUGAGCCCAAGGGAAACGUCCACAAGGAUACUGCCAUUCUUUACUUGCCAGAUGUUAUCGGUAUCUGGCAAAACUCUCAAUUGAUGGCCGAUCAAUUUGCAGCCAAUGGUUACUACACCAUCAUGCCCGAUCUCUUCAAUGGUGACCCAUUAACCCUCAACCGUCCCGAAGGUUUCGACUUCAUGCACUGGUUAACCCAGGGUACGGAUGGAAAUAACCCACAUACAUACACAUACGUCGAUCCCAUCAUUGAGAAAUCAAUUGCAUACCUCAAAUCCAAGGGAUACACAAAGAUCGGAUCAGUAGGAUACUGCUUUGGUGCAAAAUCCGUAGUUAGAUUCUUGGCCGAGGGCAAGGGUCUCGAUGUUGGAUAUGUAGCCCAUCCUUCUUUUACCGAAGAAGACGAAGUCCGCGCAAUCAAAGGACCCCUCUCCAUCGCAGCAGCCGAAACAGACGAAAUCUUCCCCAUGGAGAAACGCCACAAGACGGAGGAGAUCCUCCAGGAAAUUAAGGCAACUUAUCAAAUGAACCUCUUCAGUGGUACAAACCAUGGUUUUGCGGUUAGAUGUGAUAUGAAAAACCCGGUCGAGAAGUUUGCAAAGGAACAGGCUUUCUUGCAGGCUAUUGCUUGGUUUGAUGAGUAUUUGGUUUAA